UGGGUACAUUCAAGAUUAUUCCAACAUCCCUUAAGAUUUAUGCCAAAAAUUAGGGCAUGCUGUUUUUUUUUUAAACCGCCAAUGAAAAACCAUCGGAAUUUUUAGGUCAGGGCUUUCCCUUCACGAUUCACGACUCCAGCCUCCUGGCACCUCAUCUUUCCACCAUCUCUGGUUCUAAAAUUCUCGUUUUUUCCACCUUUCCUUCCAUCUGUGGCUCAAGUCUCUAAGCGGAUGGAGCUAACGGCGCAGCAGCUGAGGGGGUUCGACGGCUCGGACUCGAGCAAGCCCGUCUACAUCGCGAUCCGGGGAACGGUCUACGACGUGAGCUCCGGAAAGGGCUUCUACGGCCCCGGCGGCCCCUACGCCGUCUUCGCCGGCAGGGAGGCGAGCCGGGCGCUCGCCAAGAUGAGCAAGAGCGAGGAGGACGUCUGCGGCAACCUCGACGGUCUCUCCGACAAGGAGAUGGGCGUCCUUCAGGACUGGGAGAAGAAGUUCCAGGCCAAGUACCCCGUCGUCGGCCACCUCGCAUCUUGAAAUCCCUUCAAUCUAUCGAUCCCAGCAUGAAAUAUGGAACUUUCUACUUAUCAAGGUUUGAUUUCGUGUGGCUACUGCCGAUUAAUGCUUGUCAAUGGGUUUUAUCUUGUUUGCGUUAUGUAGGGAGGUGGGUUUUUAUGUAUGAAUUUUUUGAUCAAAUAAGCGUAGAUUGUGUGGAAUCGCCUCCUCUCUUGAAGUCCGAAUAAUUAUCGAUCUAUACAUAAUAAAAACCUAACUUUUUACUAAUUGGGGCUU